AUGGGAUCGGCGGCGUCCUGCGGCCCCUGCAGCGGUGGUGGGCGCGAUACGCCGCUGAAGACGAACGGCGGCGGCGGUGCGGCGGCGGCGGCGGCGGAGGAGGAGGAGGAGGGCGCGUGGCGCGUGCAGCUCCUUCGCGAGGUUGUGAAGGACCCCACCUCCGUCACGCGCGACUUCCCGCGCAUCCCCGUGUACGUCAGGACCGCCGCGCGCCACAACUACUGCGCGGCGGGCGGGGACGAGGAACAGCGGCAGCGGCGACAUCCGGUGCAUUUGGCGGCGGCGGCGGCGACGGCGGCCGGGCGUGAGCUUCUCGCCUCGAGGUGCGAGCGCGUGCGCGCCUCGCUGGAGCUGCUCACGGAGUUGUGUGGCGAAGACGCGCUCGCGCUGCACUCUGUGUGGGAGGCGGAGGAGCAGCGAUUGGGCACGGCGGAUACGGCUUCGCUGCUGCUUGCCGUGCUGCUGCAGCGCGACAUGCUGCAGGUGAGGAGGAAAGGCGGGGCGUCCAGCGCCUUUGACGACGACGCCUCAGGCGCGGCGGAGACGACGACGACGACGACGACGCCGAAGGGAUGGCCGCGGGGCUACGGCGCCGCCGACGCCGUGAUGUCGGCCGCGCCGCAGUACACCGUCAAGAGCAAGACGCUUCGCGUGAUGCAGUACAUGGCGCAGGGUGUCGUCUUCUUUCCUCUUCAGUGGCUUACCGGCGUUUUCCAGUUCCCGUGGUGCAGGCGCAUGCAGGACGUCCUCUGGACUGUCCACGUGUACACCGAAAAAGAGACAAACGAAGACGAGGCCGAGGAACGGAUUAUUCUGCAGCACAAACAAACUUUGCGCCACUACGUGGACCCCAAGGAACUAAGGAAGAAUCCCCGGUUCGAAAUUGAUUGGGUCUGCAGUAUCUGCAUUGACCCCCGCUAUCUCCUACGUGACGUUUCCAAACCCCCGACGAUGGGCGAGCACGCCGAGGUGCGGUACAUCAAAACGGAAGUUCUGGCAGCGCGUGUAGAGGUGCCCCCGAAGACGAUGUGCUUUGUGUCACGCACUUGGCGUGGGCGAUGUCGGGCACUGCGGAAACGGUUGUGGGAUCGCUUCAAGGUGGAGCUCGACACGGUGUCUGCCUUGCAUGGGCGCACCGUCUACUGA